AGCGAGGCUAGCACAUAAAAAUGACGGCGUCGUUUGCAUCUUGCCGAAAACAGAAAAAAGAAAGCCUCUUGCUAGAUUCUCAUUGCUAAAUAAUCUCUCUCUCUCACACGCCCUCCCUCCCUCCAUUGAGUGUGCGCGCGUUUCUGGUUAUUCUCGAUGAGAGCCCACAAGGCAUCAUCCUCGAACAACGGCAACAACAGACGACCGACACUUCUCCAUCUGGUGUGCGCUGCUGUUAUUUUCUCUCUUCUCGUUUUUGCAAUCCAAUCCUCUUUCUUCACAGGUGAUCAGAAAUCAGAUCUCAACAGAGAAGAAGUUCGGGUUUUAUCAGAAUUUCAGUCCGGUAUUCAGCAAUGCGUGGCAAACAAGGGGCUUGGACUCACUGCACACGUUAUCGACCACUGCAAAUUGAUUCUUAAAUUCCCCGAAGGCACCAACAGCACCUGGUACAAUGCACAGUUUAAGGUAUAUGAGCCCUUGGAGUACACAUAUGAUGUUUGUGAGGCGAUUCUAUUGUGGGAACAGUAUCGUAACAUGACUACGGUGUUGACAAGAGAGUAUCUAGAUGCUCGGCCUGAUGGGUGGCUAGACUAUGCAGCGAAAAGGAUAGCACAAUUGGGAGCAGAUAAAUGUUAUAAUCGCACCCUAUGUGAGGAACACCUCAAUAUGAUUUUACCAGCAAAACCCCCUUUCCAUCCCCGGCAGUUCCGCACAUGUGCAGUUGUUGGAAACUCAGGAGAUCUCUUAAAGACACAGUUUGGGAAAGAGAUUGAUGGUCAUGAUGCUGUUAUACGGGACAAUGAGGCUCCUGUUAACGAGAAAUAUGCCAAGUAUGUUGGUUUGAAGAGGGAUUUCCGACUUGUAGUGAGGGGUGCUGCACGCAACAUGGUUCCCAUUUUAAAUGGAUCUACUAGUGAGGUACUUAUAAUUAAAAGCGUGACGCACAGAGACUUCAAUGCAAUGAUUAAGAGUAUUCCAAAUCCUGUUUAUCUCUUCCAAGGUAUUGUGCUGCGUCGAGGUGCCAAAGGAACUGGAAUGAAAUCUAUAGAACUAGCCCUCUCCAUGUGUGACAUUGUUAACAUAUAUGGUUUUACUGUUGAUCCUGGUUAUACUGAAUGGACGCGGUACUUCUCUACACCUAGGAAGGGGCACAACCCACUUCAAGGGAGAGCAUACUACCAGCUUCUAGAAUGCCUUGGUGUUAUUAGGAUCCAUUCUCCCAUGAGAUCCAGGAGGAAGCAAGACUGGUCAGAUGUGCCUAGUCGAGAUAUGAUAAGCAGGGCUCACGCUGCGGCCUUGCGUUUAAAGAGGAGUCAAGCUGGUCAGGUGGAUGAUUUGAGUCAGUUUGGUAGUUGUAAGGUGUGGGGCAACGUGGACCCUGACAGCAAUGGAAGUGUCUCAGGAUCUCCAGACAUGAGUGAUGUCAGGAAAUAUUCAAAUUACAGUAAAUGGGAAGUCAUGCCUUUUGAGAGUUUAAGGAAGGAAGCCCAGGAUCAAUAUAUACAAAUGCAAGGUGUCUCCUUAUACAAAAUGGAUGGCAAUAAACUGGAUGAUCUAGUAUGUGUGAGGCAUUCUUUAAAAUCUGAGGUAUAAUCGCUGCCUUCUAUUGGUCAUUCUUUGUAGUCAUGCACGUCGGUUGGUCGAGAGCAAGGCCUAACUGGGUACCCCAAUAUUCUUGGACAAGGAUUGGGUUAACUUACAGUUUUCUCAUGACUUGCUUUAAUCACACCUUUGAAUGCAUCUAUCAUUUACUCUCGACAAAUGUUAUCGGCAGCAGUGGCAAUGUGGGAUCUCAGCUCCUGCUCUUGCAAAUGAGAUGGACAUUAUGUGCCGUUUCACUGAUUGGAUGCUUCUUACCUCAUGGAGAUUCCUGUAUGGAUUUUAAGAGUUGAGUUUAUGAAGAGACAGAUGUGAUUAUAGGUUUUCGGUUUGCUCUUUCAGUUGGGCUUAAAUACAUGUCACUACAGGUAGAAAUUUGUC